AUGUUUCUUGCUAAACAUAAUUUAGCAUUUCAUAGAUCCAAUGAAAAGUUGUAUAAAAAAGGUAACGGAAAUAUUUUGGGUGUCAUUGAACUAUUGGAAGAGUUUGACCCGGUUAUCAAAGAGCAUGUGCGGCGGAUCACAAAUGAUGGACUUCAUGUGCAUUAUCUUGGCAACUUAAUCCAAAACGAACUAAUAUAUUUGCUAGCUCAAGAAAUUAAAAAAGAACAUAUCAAGAAGAUAAAGGAAGUAAAGUACUACUCAAUCAUACUUGAUUGUACUCCUGAUUCAAGUCACCAGGAACAGAUGACAAUAAUAGUGAGUUGGGAAAGCCGGGUUGAGAGUGUACAGGGUAUUAAACUUCAACUUGUGGAUGUACGGGAAGCUUUACUUCAAGUUGAAGAAAAUGCUAAUAAUUUUGUAAUUGCAAGUGAAGCGACUUCACUGGCAGAAAAAGAACUUGGUGACUUUAAAUUUUUGGUAUCAACUGUUAUUUGGUAUGAAGUAUUAAACCAUGUGAGUACUGUGAGUAAGAAGUUACAAUCAAAGGAUAUGCGUCUUGAUAAUGCUAUUUCAGAAAUAAACAAAUUGAUUGGGUACUUCAAGGAUUAUAGAGAAACCGGUUUUUCAAAAGCAAUUGUUGAAGCUAAGGAGACUGCUAUUGAAAUGGGUAUUGAUCCAGUAUUUCCACAAAAGCGUGUGAUUGAAAGGAAAAAAAGAUUUGAACAAUUCAAAGAGUAUGAAAAAGUAUUUGGUUUUUUAUUUCCACAUAAUUUGAGGGGAAUUAAAGAUAAAGAUCUUAAGUCGUAUUGUCAUCAUCUUGAAAAAGCACUCAAGUUUGAAGAAAGAUCGGAUAUUGAUGCCGAGGAACUUUAUACAGAGUUGAAAUUACUUGGGACAUUGGAAAUCGAUGAAUUUAGCAACCUUAUAGAUGUUUUGAAGUUUUUGAAAGAACUUGAUUAUUUCCCAAAUGCAAGCACUGCAUAUAGAAUAUUGUUGACUAUUCCAGUAACAGUUGCAUCUGCAGAAAGGAGUUUUUAG